AAGAAAUAAAACUUCAAGCAAAAAGAGCAAGAUUUGUAUAGAAUCAAUGCCCGCUACAGCCAGCUAACCCUGCAAAGACGCUAGUUCUGGCGGGCUGAGAGCCGGCCUGGCAUCACUGAUUCAGCACUUAAUGCGCGCAACUUUUUCUGCGCGAGACUUCCAAGGCAUUCUGAUCGCCGCCGCCGCUGGUGCUGCUCCUGGACAAGAGACUACACCGCAACGCACAGGACUUAUGGCCAAGAGCGAGCAGGAUGUGGAGCAAGAGUUGCCACCCCCCAGAAGCCAGCCGGCGCUGCCCGAGGGAUUCCGCCAACUGAAGACACAGGUGGCUGGCCACACAUUUGAGGAAACCAACGCGGAGGCAGUGGGUCUCCUGCAAGACCCCACGGCGGGAUGCGUGCUAAAACCCCUGGGAAAGCCGGAGUGCGGAGAGCGGGAGCUGCGCUUUUAUGAAUCACUCGCAGCGGCAGGUGCUUCAGGUGAUAAUGACCUUGCCCUGCUCCGCGGUCACGUCCCCCGAUUUUACGGCCCCUUAAAACUGGUUGUGAAUCAGCGUGAACGCACAUUCCUCCGCCUGGAAGACUUAACGCGGGGGAUGCGGCAGCCGUGCGUCAUGGACGUGAAGAUGGGUAAACGAACCUGGGACCCAAAGUCUUCGCCCAACAAGCGGAAGCUGGAGGAGGCAAAGUACGUAAUGUGCAAGCAGAAGCUAGGCCUCUGCUUGCCGGGAUUCCAAGUGUAUCUUCCGGAGGACGAGCUCAAAAAAACUACAACCCUGCGAUACGGCAAGGACUACGGAAAGAGCUUGAAUGUGGAGGGAUUCAAGCAGACCAUGGCCUUGUUUUUCAAUGCUAGCACAAGUGAUUCCAAGACCAGGCGAGCGGGAACUGAGCUGUUGCUUAACGAGGUUCUCCGUCAGCUGCGGGAGAUCCUAUCCUGGUUCCAGAGCCAGCGCCUGUUGCAUUUCUAUGCCAGCUCUUUGCUCAUCUGCUACGAUUACUCGAGAUUGGAUAAUCGCCCGAACAGCCAACCGCUGCUCAAUGGACACCACCUUAACGAUGAUGCCCCUUCCGAUUGGGUUCGGGUCAGAAUGAUUGACUUUGCUCACGUUUACCCAGCGGAACAGGCCUUGCCUGAUGAGAACUACAUGUUCGGCCUGAACAGUCUCAUAGAAGUUGUCCACUCAAUACUCCACCGAUGAUAAAACGGGACCAAUACCACUCAAAAAUAUAGUAGAUGAAGAUGUUCCAUACUCAUUGCAAUGAGAUACUUUUGUAUUAUCGCCUAAGCCAAAAGAUUAGUCCACAGUAGCUGCCCACCUGUUGUUGGAAGCUACUUUAAACGUAGAAUAAAACCCGGUUUUUACAAGUUG